GCUGCUCACGUUACCACAGUCUUGGAAAGGGAGGAGUGAGCGGAGCGGUACUCAGUUGGUUGCAAUCUACAACCACACCACUAGAUGCCGCCAAAUCCUACACACUGUACCUUUAAGGGCCAUUCUGGAUUAUGGAGUACUUUCAUUUUUGAUACUUAAAGUACAUUUUUGAUAAUACUUCUAUGCUUUUACUUAAGUAAACUUUUGAAUGCAUGACUUUUAAUCGUAACAUGUGGCAUCACCAGAACUAGACUUUAAUACCCACGAUGCCUUGUAGUGCACUGUUGUUACUUGUAAGCUGGGCUUGUUCUGUUUAAUUGCUUUUGAACCGGUUUGACACUGUAUUAAAUGUGAACCAAUAGCAGCAGAGUAAAUAGUUGGAUUCAGUUGAAUGAUAACCUAUCUAUUUCCUGUAUUUCACAACACUCUGCUGGAUUCAAAUCAAGGAAAAGGGAACAUUUUGUUGCUGCAGAGAGGAAAUACUUUCACAAGGAGCAGCAAUGAAGAUUGUUGUGUUAAUUCUGAUCGCUGUCUACGCCUCAGUGCCUGCCCUUCUCUACCUGUUCCCACCGAUAAUGAUCUAUAUUGUAUUUUCACACUACAUGUUGUUUCCAUUGGUUGUGGAUCUUAGCAAACCUAAAGACGUGCUGAACUACACAUCCAACUUCUACUUCGACGUAGAGGAGGGCAUCAAAUUGGGUGUCUGGCAUACACUCCCUGCCAGCCAAUGGGAGGAGGCUGAGGGGAAAAGCCGUCAGUGGUACCGGGACGCUCUGGGAGACGGCAGUCCUGUUAUUCUCUAUCUCCACGGCCAAAAACAGACCAGGGCCUUAGACUACAGAGUGGAGCUGGUGAAGGUUUUAAGUGCUGCAGGGUACCAUGUCAUAUCUUUUGACUACAGAGGUUUUGGAGACUCCACUGGGAGCCCCACUGAAGCUGGACUGACCAGGGACUCCGUCUCCCUGUACCACUGGGUCAAGAAUCACAGCAGAGGUCUCGUCUGUGUGUGGGGACACUCGCUCGGCACCGCGGUGGCAACCAACACUGUAGUGAAGUUACAGGAACAAGGGUCUGCUGUUGAUGCUUUAGUCCUUCAUGCUCCGUUCACAUCUAUGAAAGAAAUCAUAAGUUACUCCACGUUCACUAAGUUUUACAAUUUCCUCCCAGGGUUUCAUGACUUGCUUUGUAACAUCUUGGAUAACGUCAACGUUGUGCUUGCCAACGAUAAAAAUGUGAAGAUCUUGACCUGCCCGACUCUUUUCAUCCAUUCAAAGGAUGACGAUACGGUCCCUUUUGAGAUGGGUGUCAGGCUGUUCAAGAUAGCCCUCCAGGCUAAAAAAUACAACAACAGAGAUGCUCCGGUUGAAAUGAUCACCUACAGCGCCGAUCUUGGAUACCUACACAACCACAUCUAUAGAGAUCCCAAUCUGCCAAAUGUGAUCGGGAAAUUCCUACAAAACCUGAGAGAGUAGAUCAGCUCUCCCUCCUCCACAGAAGUAAAUAAGGCCCAAUGGAUUCCAACAUACAGGUUUAUUUUUGUGACAAAAUGUGUGUGUUCUAAAACAUUUGAUUUCUAUUUCAUUAUUUUCCUCUCACCAGUAACGUUUUAUUUUUAAUUUCAUUAUUUGUAGCUUUCAAUAGCCAAGUAAUACUGAUACGGACGCAAAUAAAUCUAUGUUUCAUUCUGCCUGGAGUACAGACAGGCGUCGUCACUCAGUACACGCAGCAUAAAGUCACAGGAAUGUUAUUAAAAACUCAGUUUAGUCAGCUGCUCUGUUACUGACAUCCUACUGAAUUCCUGAAAUGUCAAAUAUGAACAAAUGAUUUGGCUCUCGUUCUCCACACUGACUCUUGGUUUACUGUAUCGGUGCUAAAAAGAUUGUAACAGACAUUAUUUUUUAAAUGCAAGUGCUUU